AUGUCAAGUUCAAAUAUAUUUGCUUUGAUGUUGCCACCAGAAUACUCAGAAGAGAAACGUAUGGCAAAUGCAAAUACUGACUUGCCUCAGCCUUAUUUACAUCAAAUGCAAAGCUCAUCUCGGGGUCCUGUGGCUAUACUCUGGGACAUUGAGAACUGUCCAGUGCCAAGUGAUGUUCGCCCAGAAGAUGUAGCUGGUAAUAUUAGGAUGGCUUUGCGGGUCCAUCCUGUAAUUGACGGAGUUGUCACGACGUUCUCUGCAUAUGGAGAUUUCAAUGCAUUUCCCAGACGACUACGGGAAGGGUGUCAGAGAACAGGUGUCAAACUCAUAGACGUUCCCAAUGGGCGGAAGGAUGCAGCUGACAAGGCAAUCUUGGUUGACAUGUUCCUUUUUGCUCUUGACAAUCGUCCACCCUCAUCUAUCCUGCUCAUCUCUGGGGAUGUUGAUUUUGCUCCUGCACUUCAUGUUUUAGGCCAGCGUGGAUAUACUAUCAUCCUUGUCAGUCCUUCUAGGGCGAGUGUUUCAUCUGCUCUGAGUAAUGCAGGCCAGUUUGUCUGGGACUGGCCAAGUGUGGCUCGCGGGGAAGGAUUUGUUCCACCUGCUAAGGUUUUACUACCUCCUUAUGUAGUUCCGACAGACAUUACUGGGUUUUUAACGGGAUGUGAGGUCAGUGACAACUUAGAUUGUCAAAAUGAAGAAGAAGCAAUAGUGUAUAGAGGAAUCUCCAAAGGCUAUUGCAACAAACGGGAUUUCUCAUUGCUCUCAAGGUCUCCGACUGAAUAUAAUAGUAGUUCAAUAUCCAUGCCCUAUUAUCCUACGUCUUCCAAAUCACACGGUCUUCCAUCUGUGUUGAAUGAAGUUCCAGCAAGAACUUUUACUUCAUGUGACCAGAAUGACUUCAUGUGGGUACAACCUGGAGAUCUGAAUGGUUUAAAGGGCCAACUGGUAAAGUUGCUUGAAUUAUCAGGUGGGUGUAUGCCUCUAAUCCGUCUUUCUUCAGAAUACCAGAAAAUCUAUGGGAGGCCUUUGUAUGUGUCUGAAUAUGGAGCUCUUAAGCUUGUAAAUCUUCUGGAGAAGAUGGGUGGUGCAAUGGCUAUUGAAGGAAGAGGCUCGAGGAAGUUUGUCUACCUCCGUAACUCUAAAGCCAUAUCUGGUGCCCAUCCCUUGAUUUUGGCGAAGAGGGAUGAGAAAAGUAAAGAAGCUCAAGAUCCCAUUGAUGUUAUUGCAGGUGCCGGAUCUUCUGAUGAACCCCCAGAUGAUGAAAGGGUGGUUGUAGAGGAACAUGAUGACAAUAGCGAAAUAGAGAAAUAUAAUGUAGAGAGCCUCAACCUAUUCAAAUACGAGCUUCAAGAGAUUUUGGUAAGCUACUAUUGUCGCAUCUCUCUUGGCUGUUUUGAGGCGAUCUACCAGCAGAAAUACAAAAGAUCAAUCGAUUAUCAAAGCUUUGGCGUGAAUGAUUUGGAGGAGCUUCUGGACAAAGUAAGAGACAUUGUUGUGUUGCAAGAGGAACCAGUAAGUAAAAGGAAGUUUCUGGUUGCUGUCUGUGGCUAG